UCGUUGUCAGAUGUCAGAGCGGCAACUCUGCUCAUAUAUUAUUUUUGUAAACAAACUUCUGACAGUUAAUUAUUAAUUUUUUUUUCUCUCUCAACGAAUAAACUAAAUUUGUUUUGGAAUAAAAGACUUUGAGAAGGUCUGUUCUGAAAUAACCAGUAAUACCAACUUCUCCUAAAAUGCAGGUGUAGGUAAAGAAAGCUACAACAUCACUACAAUAUCCUAGAAUAUCUCCUAAGGGGUGACAGGAAAAAUCGGACCAGGUGCGCGGUCAUCAACCUACAUUGAUCUGGUGAAGACUUCCGAGAUAUUCGCCCUUAUAAGGAGGAACAGGACGAUACGAUUUUAAAUUUUUUAUUUGUAUUCAGUAUGUGAUAAUGUUGUUUUAGCCGGAAAUGAAAUACAAUUGAUAUGGCAAUAGGAAAUUGUUGAGGAAGUCAGGUCUGAAAUUCAGUGGAGAUGCACAAGAAUGAAGAACAUUUUGACCAAGCUAAGCUGGACCUGGAGGUAUGGCUGCAGAGGAUGGAAUCCAGGCUGGCUGGGAUGGCCCCUGUGGGACAUACUGCAGAUGUGCUGGAGGUGCAGCUGAGGGAGCAGAAGGGGUUGCAUGCUGAGCUGCAUCAGUUCAGACAGCAGGUGGAGGCAUUCAAGCAGCUGACCCAAAAACUGGUCACUGCACAUCAGCAUGAAGAUACCACAAGAUAUAAAAAGGCGGCCGAGCACAUCAACCAGCACUACCACCGUCUCGACUCCAAGGUCAUUGAUCGCGGAGAACACCUCCACAGCGCCAUGACCUCCCUCCACAACCUCGACCGGUCGCUGGACAAGUUCCUGGCGUGGCUGAGCGAGGCCGAGUCCGCGCUGGAGACGCUCGAAGGGCAGGAGGGGGGCGGCCGAGGUGGGGCGGCCGCGCAGCUGAAGGAGCUGCAGGCGGACGUGGAUGGGCAGGCGCACGCGCAUCGGGCGCUGCGCAGCUCGAGUCUGGCGCUGCUGGGCGGUCUGGCGCCCGAGGAUGCGCUCAUGUUGCAGCUGAGAGGGGACGAGAUGGAGCGCCGGUGGCAGUCUCUGAAGACAAGAACAUCUGACCUUCGCAACCGUCUGGAACACAAUGCAGACUACUGGAACGCACUGUUGCUGUCACUGAGGGAACUGACUGAGUGGGUCAUCAGGAAAGACACCGAACUCGGUUUGGCAGCUAGGCAAGAUGACCAUCGAGCAUUCAGGCAACAACUAGAAGAUAAGAGACCAUUAGUGGAGGCCAGUCUGAGGAGUGCCAGGCAAUUUGUCGCUGGAGAUCCCUCUGGUGAGCUGGCCAGGAACUUGAGGAGGGAACUAGUGAAAUUGUCUGACAAAUGGAAUGCUCUGAUCGAUAAAAGCGAUCAGCUGGCAACGAGGUUCGAACAGAACAGUAUUAAAUUGAAGCAGCUGACCAUGAGCCUAGAAGAAGCUUCUUCGGCAGUUUCCCGACUGGAACGAGCGACUUUGAGUUGGAGCGGACCGAGAAGUGCAGCUGAAGCCAGAGAACUGCUGUCGAAUCUGCGUACACUGGAACAGCAACUGCCUUCUUUGCAAAGGAAUCUGGAAGAGGCCAGAAUCCGAGCAGCAAAUAUAGGUAAUGGACUGCCAAAUAAUCUCGCUGCCCAAUUGGAGGAUUGCACUGCGAGAUGUAGAGCCCUCCAAGCGGCCAUUAGAGAACGGAGAGACCAGUUGACAAGUAGUACACAAGGCGAAAUAUCCCCCGGCCCUUCGAGCGUCCAGCCGCCCUGGGAGCGCGCCGUCACGCCCUCCAAAGUGCCCUACUACAUCAACCACAGCACCGAGACCACCCACUGGGACCACCCGCAGAUGCUCGAGCUCGCCCAUCGGCUGCUGCAGCUGAACGAGGUGCGCUUCUCGGCGUACCGCACUGCACUCAAGCUCAGGGCCAUACAGAAGCGGUUGUGCUCCGAUUUGGUCGCCAUCAGUGCCGCGUCGGAGGCUUUCGACCUGCACGGCCUCCGAGCGCAGAACGACAAGCUGCUGGAAGUGGCCGACAUGGUGCUGGUGCUGAGAGCGAUCUACGGCAACGUGGCGGCCCAGGAGCCCGACAAGGUCGACGUGCCUCUGUGUGUUGAUCUCGCCCUCAACUGGCUGCUGAACGUCUACGAUAGCCAGAGGACCGGGCAGCUGAGAGUGCUCAGUUUCAAGGUGGGUUUGACGUUGCUGUCGAAAGGCCACCUGGAAGAAAAAUACCGCUACCUGUUCCGGCUGAUAGCCGAUCCGCAACAGAAGGCGGACCAAAGGAAACUAGGCCUCUUGUUGCACGACAUAUUGCAAGUGCCACGCCAGCUGGGCGAAGUGGCAGCUUUCGGCGGCUCCAACAUCGAGCCGAGCGUAAGGAGCUGCUUGGGGGAGAGGGAGGAAUUGGAGGCCACGCAUUUCCUGGCUUGGCUGAAGCAAGAACCGCAGUCCCUGGUAUGGCUGCCCGUCCUCCACCGUCUGGCCGCCGCCGAGGCCGCCAAACACCAGGCCAAGUGCAACGCGUGCAAGCAGUACCCGCUGGUCGGGCUGCGCUACCGCUGCCUCAAGUGCUUCAACUUUGACAUGUGCCAGAGCUGCUUCUUCGCCGGCAGGCUCACCAAAGGUCACAAGCUGAGCCAUCCGAUGCACGAGUACUGCUCGACGACGACGUCGAUCGAGGACGUGCGCGACUUUACGCGUGCGCUGCGCAACAAGUUCAAGAGCAAACGGCACUUCACGAAGCAUCCGCGCAUGGGCUAUCUACCGGUGCGGUCUGUACUGGAGGGCGACGAGCUGGAGAGUCCGGUCGCGUCGCCGCAACACAACGAUAUGCAUUCGAGAUUGGAAAUAUACGCCAGCCGACUGGCCGAAGUGGAACUCCGCGCCUCCUCGCCCCAAGACGACGACGAGCACCGCCUCAUCGCCGACUACUGCCACUCGCUCGACGGGGGCAGGCAGCCGCCCGCCGUGGGCGGUCCCGCCAGCCCCGGGCAGCUGAUGCUCGUCAUCGACGAGGAGCAGCGCGCCGAGCUGCAGGCGAUGAUCGGAGAGCUGGAGAGCGAGAACGGGGCGCUGCUGGCCGAGUACGAGCAGCUGAGGGGCGGAGGUGGAGGUGAUAGGGCGGCGCAGCAGCAGCAGCAGCACGACGUGCUGGCCGAGGCAAGGUUGCUGAGACAGCACAAAGGGCGGCUGGAGGCCCGCAUGCAGAUCCUCGAGGACCACAACAGGCAGCUGGAGGCGCAACUGCAGCGGCUGAGGCAGCUGCUCGACGAACCGCCUACUUCGACGUUGCAGACGCGCAGCGUGACCGCCUCCCAGCUCAACCAGGACACGCCGGGCAGGAUGAGCCAACCGCCGCCUCCGGGAGAUCACCGUACAGUUCUUGCACGCAACCCAUUGUAUUUUGUGUACCUGACUCAUCGGCCUCGGUACUCCUGGAUGUAUGAAAUGAUCUUUGUACAAGAUGGCGUCGGCGUUGACAGCUUUGCUCCUGUCAUCGGUGAGCGAGCAUCUGCUGACAGGGCAGCCGUGAAACGAGGCCGACCCUGAUUUCUCUCCCCAAGCCCCCAAGCCGUUGUAGGCUAGGAUUGUUUUUUCCGGAGUAUCAUAACCUGAAAAUUCACACUAUUUUAAAGCAGAAGAUGCAAUUUUUGUAAGAUUACAGCAUUUUUUAAUGUAGAAAUUGUGACUUUAUGAUUAAAAAAUAAAGCUCUGACAUAAAUC